AUGUCUCGGCUGCUCAUACAACUCGGCUGCUCUUUGCUGCUGGUGGCUGCAAUCGCUGGGCUGCCAGAGGAGACUUUCACGACGGUUGAUUCCUUUGAGUUUCCCUCUGACUACACUCUGUCUGAGCUCGACGAGCCGAACGCUCAGGAGACAGAUUUGAUGAUGGCGCAAAAAGUCAAUUGGUUGCCCAUUGACGAGCAUCUGAGUAGGCAGGUGAGAGAGGUGCAAGAGCCGGAGCAAGUGGCGCCAACGAAAGCGGAAGAAGUCAAGGCAGGCAGCGAAUGCCCAAUUGAUGCCGAACGUGGCUUGACUGCACUCAUACGCAAUGCUCGUCCUUUGUUGCCAGCGGAUCGCUUGCGCAAUAUAUUGGCCAAUGCGCGGGAGGAUCCCGAGGUGCGUGCCUUGGUCAUGUUGCUGCGCAGCGAGCAGUUCAAGGAACGGGUGAUGCGUCUAAGCCAAAUCAAGGAGAAAAUCGUCCAAAAAGAUUUCUUGUGCCGCACCUUGAAGCUCAACCAUGCCUACUACGUCGAGUACUUGCGGAUGCUUUUCAAUGCUCAGUUGUCGGAGACGGCCAGCAGCCCGCUGCCCAAUCGCCGCAAGGGCAUACGUGGAUUGCUGAUGGAUUUGCGUGACGCACUGCCACGUGCUGAGCUCCGGGAUCUCUACAGACGACAAUUGGCCACGGACAAGGAACUCGCCGCAGCUGUACGUCAAAUACGCAGCACUGAGUUUCGUCGCAUUCUCAUCAACUUGCGCGCUCUGUCUGAGUAUAGGGCGUUGCGGGACGAACUGCUCAAGGUGGGCGUGCCUCUGCAACAAAUACUCAGUCUCAUAAGCAAUGCACUGGGCUGGCCGAGUCUAGAUUUGGGCAGCGAACUAGAUUUUGUCAUUGCUUAA